AUGCCGAGCCCAAGCUACAUAUACGACAACUCUCUCAUCCGCAGUACUACACAAUUUCUCGCCACUGGCGUUGCCAUCGCUGUAAACAUCGCCGCGGCCAACAUCGCAGAUACCAACAUGAUAUGUUCACUACGUCGCCGCACAAGUACAUCGCGUCCGGUCCGGUCGGUCAUCUGUGAAUGCAUCGCGCAGGGACCGGUCAGCCAGGGCCUGGAGCUCCAAUAUAUAGCCUUCGCCUACGCCUCGACUGGCCGCAUUGCCCACGCACAUUCCUUCACAAAAUUGGCCUGCUUGGCCACGCUCGCCUUCACGAAAAUCUGCGGUAAACCAUGACAGAUUAAACCCCAUCACCACCCAUAUCCCCAUCAGAGAAUUUGCAACUGAAUAUCGACAAACUAAGUGUUUGCUCAAACCGAUGGUUUUUAAAAUUUAAUGUACCGAAAUGUGUUGUCAUUCAUUAAAACGCCGACGGAAGUGCCCUCCUAAACAUCAGUACUAUGUCUCCGAGACACCAUUUAAAGAUGAAGAAAGACGUAGAGACCGGGGCCUACAUACGACCACAAAUCUAAUGACGUCAGAACAUUGUAAGAAGAUGAUUCAGAAGCCAACUAGCACUUUACACUGGAUCAGACGUACAUUAAAUAUAUCUCCUCCUGAACUCCUCAAGAUAAAUCUCGACGUUUUUAUAAGACCGCACCUGCAAUAUGGAGUUUAAACAGCCACAUCAUGGCAUGGCUUAUUCUCUCUAUCUUACAAGCAAAUAACCUGCAGUCUACUUUGGACGUUCCGGACUGUUCGUAGCCAUAUUUGCUCACUGAGACCGGAGGAUUUCUUCAAGUCAUUCCGUACAAACAGAUUACGCGGCCCUUCCCACAGAAUUAAGAGCGAACGUACGUGGCCACACCGUAGGAAGUUUUCGUUCAGCCACCGGUUUUUCCGGUCAUGAAACUCGUUACCAGGUGAGAUGGUGCCGGCGUUUGAAAGGAAACCCACUUACAUAAUUUCCGACGGAGACCGAGCUUUACAGCAUGGCCGCUCACUGCCAGGUCUCUAAAAAACUGUCAUAUACAAUCUCUCUGCAUUGACCCACAGUGAACAGAUGCGAUUCCUUGUUAUCAGUGUUGCAUCGUGAACCAACCGCGUUUGAAAUGUCCGCAACUUUAUUUUGAGUGUGAAUAUGCGAAAUAAUUGUACACAAAUAGGGUCAUCAAGGGUUCUGCCUGUAACCCUUCGACCAAUACAUAACUACACAAACCAACACAUUUGAGACAAAUGAUUAUGUCCGUCCGACAUCUCAAGUUAUAAGCACAGACAGGGUACCUCUCAUGUAAGUGGGACAUGUGUUCUUCGGAUUCUUUGCCAUGCCGCCCAUAUGCUACUCGAGCAUUUUGUGAGAUCCUGGCGUGUCGCGCGGAAGCGGGGUCAUGUUUGUAGGCUAGCUAAGAUCUGUCGGGCAGAGGCAGCGAUAAAACCUGAAGAAAAACUACGCUAAACUACUUUCUCUGUUAAAACCUGUGUGUAAGCUAACUACUACGUACUUGAUGGUGCCAGUGUUUCUAAUACUGGGGAUAAUUCGUUUAUCUGCACAAUUUCAAUAAUUCUUCUAAAGCUGUUUAACGACUCCGCUUUCAACUGUUUCACGUACCUCCCUCUUUUGUAACAAAUAGGGAGUUCAUACGAGACCUUUAUCCAUUUGCAACACGAAUAUGUAACUAAGGCGUGGAUCCAGUGUGCGAAAAGGAAUUAUAAGCCGCUGGAGAGGACCCAGAGAAGCGUGAAGAAAGUCGUUAAACAAUGGCUUAAGUGCCUUAAGCCAUUAUCGUACAAAUGCAGACUUGAUUCGCUUAACCCUUUUUCCCUUUAGUACAGGGCUAUCUGAGGAGAUCUCAUCGAGACAUGCUACUCAUGUAGAAUCAGGACUGUUCUACGCGCUUCGAUAAUUUCUUCUCAUUGGCCACAACAACUAACCUGUGCUGGAAUUCCAUGAAACUUCGAGGAACCUUGUCCCGUCUGGAUGUUCGUCGUCACUCGUUCCUGGUGGGUGCCUGGAAUGGACUUACCCAGGAAGUAAUAGUGGCGGACACAUCGAAGACACUCGACCAUAAACUGGAUGCAUAUUUGCUUGCAAAAUACCGUUAGGCAGCCAAGAACAGCUCUGUUACACCAAACCAACGUUUUGUUAACACCUACAGAUAUCGCUGAUAGCCAUAUUUUCGCAUUGAACCGGGUGCCUGAGGGUGUCCGGAUUCAGUCCCUACGGGUACAACAUUUUUGAAAGUGCUUAUGCUACUGAAGACAUGGUAUUGGCACGUGCGUUUUGAUUUGAAUAUUGUUCGUACAGUUUUUAGCGGGGUGUUUUAGGACAAUGCCUAGAACCCUUAAACAUACAAAAGUAUUGUAUAUGGAUUUCAAGAGAAAGUGCCAUUCUAAUAAUUCUGGUGCCCAGAUAAGGCAUAGGGAAAAGAUUUUCUGUGAACGAGUCCGUGACCCAUUUAAUGCAUUCCGACAUAGUAUAAUCCCACUUUUCUGGGGUCUGAGGAUGUAGCACAGUUAAACUAGGCAUUCAACUGCUGAGAAACGAUCUGCGAUUUCGCGAUUAAUGAUCUUAACAAAAAGUACACUGCAGCCCCACUACAUGAUCCGUCGCAAACAAAACUGACAGAUGGAGUAAGACGGCAAAAAGAAUAUCGUAAUCAAAACUGGACGUGAACUGCGGAUGAAAACUACCCCCGACCAAAACUUUAAUGAGGCAUGAUAGUUAAAAAUGCGUCACGAGACGAUCCCAAUAAACCGAAAGCGUGCAUGGGGACAGGACGGGGCAGAAAUGCAAGAAGACGUCUUUCAUUUUACGGGCAUAGCGAAAGGUCACGGAGACAGAGGCGUGCCGCAUGCUAAGUAGAGAUAUUUUUUGGUAAAUAUAAAGUAUAUAAGAGUGCAGUUUUAGUAGGCAAGCUCUUCUUUAACCUGCCUUAACUUCCACAUGAAAAACACUGGCUACCUCCUUGUCUAACUUAUUCCAUGAUCUGAUGACGCGCUCCCAUCGUGUCCCCUGUCUAGUUAAUGGAUUUAUUUCAGGCUUGAACAGCUGCAGGGGAAGUCAACUGAAUGCAGAAUAAGCCCAAAAUUACAUCAUGGGUUUAAGGAAGUAUCUUGUAAGUCUUGACCAUAUGCGUAUGCGACCCUCUAUCGGACAUGGUGGGAAGGUUAAACCCCUGUAGGCGACUUGCAGACAACCGCUUCAGAAGUUUCCUUGGUAGUGAAUAAUCUAUGCACCCGCAGUGUCACACGUGAGACCUAAAGAGCAGGUUUGUGAAGAUUGUCUGAGUUGCAGUUGAACAAAAGUUUUUAGAUUAUGUGGGAAGUCAUCCUGUGAUAAGUUGAAAGUUUGUUAAAGCGAGGAAGGGUUCAGUGCAUGUUUUCGCAACAGUCUGCAUUAAUUAAUUUCCCAGCAAAUAUUUAACGGUGGUAGUAUGACGCAUUUCUGCGGAAAAACGCGCCGUUGGGAUAAUCUUAUUUCCCGAGGUCGUGUUUUGACGCAGUUUCAUAUUAACACCUGAGUUUCCUACAGCGGUUGCUUUUCUUCAUGUGUGCAAUAAGAUCCGUGCACUCGUGCCCUUCUUAAUCAGGCACGAUCAUGCGUUUCGCCUGAAGGUUUGAUAUCACCGAUUUGUAAGAGAUGAUUAUUCGAAAAUAUCUCAGAUAUGCAAUUUGAAUAGAUUAGAAAGAGUAAUGGGCGUAGCACUGAUAGGGUAGAAAGUCAUUGUGAGCUGAUAAUUUUGAGAGUUCCCCAUUCCUUCAUGCAUGCAAAGAAAUGUUGUCCCAUUUCAGUGAGUAAGAGAAAAAGGAGACUUGUACUCUUAAAUUCCUUAAUGGUUGCAUAAUAACCAAAAAUGCUGAAAGCAGUACUAGAGCAUUACAGCGGUGUGUGAAAUCGAAGUCUGGGAAAUGCCACUCAGGGAUGUGUUUGAAAUGUUGGCGGACAGAUUUAUCACAUUCACUACAGGGAGGUAACUGCAUUAUUCUAAUUCUCGAUUCUAGAAAAAUAAGUUUUGCCUGUAGUAGAAAAGAAUAUAAUAGGUUUAUUAUAGCACUUAUUAGGUGCCACAAGUCUCUUUUGAACACAGGAAAAAACCCAUUUCGACUUCAUUUUGACUUCAUUUGUUUUCUGGGUCUGCUCAGUCAACAGAGCGCGAAUUGGGAGUUCGUUUUAAGUUAAAACAACCUAAAUUCUACGGCAAAAUUUCGGCGAAAAAUAGAAAAAAAAACGAUAUAUACAAUAAGCAGAUCGAGGUUUGGAGUAUGGUACUUUUAAGGGUCAUGAAUAUCUCGCAAUUUGUGGAACUUGAAGAACUUUGUCAUCAGUAUGACGUUGAAAUUAUUUUCAGUUGAUCAAAUUUAGGUGUCGGCUAAUUCCCGGUUGUCACUUUAUUUAGGCAGUUGCUUAAGGCUGGUCGUAUCGUCUGUUUUUGUCUUCCAGAAGGCUUAUCAUAAGUGUCUGGACUAGCAGCUGACAAAGAUGAGUAUACAUCAGGAACACGAAACAUACAGUGAUAGAUAACAUUCAAAGAUACAACAAUAAUAUGGAAUCAGGCAUCGUAUUGUUCCUGAUAAUAUGACAUUAUAGGAGUACUGGUGGAUUGUUUAAUAAAAUCUGGUAAGGUUUCACAUAGAUUUAAUAUGGUCUGAAUAUAACCUAACGGACAACUAGUAUGUAGGACUUUGUCGAAAGGCAUAUUAAUAGUAGUUGCUUAGGGGUCUUUAGUGUCAGGUGAGUUGGCCGAUGGAAACUAGAAAAGGAGGAAGGAAGGAAUAUCUCUACUUGUGGUAUGCCUAUAAAUUAUGUACUAAAUGAGGUGCACGUGGUUCUGAAAUGUAUCUGCAGACGUUUGUUGUGGUCACGAGGACAGAAAAAGUUCCUAUGCGAAGGCGUAGUCCAAAUGACGCGCAACCUCUAAGGAUUGCGGUUAAUUGCCACACAGAGAUUGAGGCCUUACAAUCACACUAAUUUUUAAAAGGUUGAUCUCCUCUGGCAGACUUAGGAGCUGAUACCUAUGCCUUCUAGGUUGAGCUUCAAACUACUGCGUUCAGGGUCACCACACAUGAACAAUAUUCAGACGGCAUUGCCACAGGAAUGUCUUCGUGAAAGUCGGGUGUAUUUGUGGGUGAUGCACACCGCUUUUGGAGGAUAAGUCCUCAAAAAAGCCACGAACCGCCACCUAAUCGUCCCCGCCACUGAAUAUACGGAUUUUGUUUGCACUACAGCAGUACGUGGAUGGUCCUUACAUGUUCUUUAUAGAAAAAAUCGAGAUCAUCAGGGUUGUUUGCGAGUUGGGGGGCAUAUCGUCCAUAUAGCACGUAUGUAUACCGUAACGAAGGGUGGUAGGCUGGAAGGCGAACAUCGCUGCCCUCAGCAAGACUCGCUUCUCAAAAAAAACAACUAGAGGAGGUAAGCAUCAGCUUGACCUUUUUGGAGCUGUCACCGAAAACGGACCGACGCGACACCAGCGUCGCCUUUGCCAUCCGGAACGACAUUGUUCAACGUCUGUUCUUUCUGCUACGGGAUGUCAACGACCGCCUGAUGAGCUCGCGUCUGCCUCUCCAGGAACCAUAUUUGCCAACAUCAUCAGCGUCUACGCCCUCUCCCCAAUGACUAGCUCCGACGAGGCGAAGAACAAAUUACAUAAGGACCUGCACGCAAUUGUAAGGACUGUACUGCAGACGGACGAGCUGAUCAUCCUUUGUUACCUCAAUGUCCGGUUCGGGACAGACCACGCUGCCUGGGGAAGCGUGCUGGGGCCUGAUAAAAUCACCGGCCUGAAUGGCAACGCUCCACUUCCUCGGCGAACCUGCGCAGAACCUCACCUACUCAUGACCAACGCCUUCAUCCGCCAUCGCACGCAUGAAAAGGCAAGGCGAGUGCACACGAGGUCACAACGCUGGCAACUGCUGUACUACGUUCUCGUUCGUAGGCGAGAUUGGUAGGUUGUACUGGGGGCGUGGGCGUCUUGGGCGCCGACAGAAAGACUGAAUAUUACUCGGUUAUCCGCUGUGGCUGAUGGACUUCGGUCCAAAUAUUCAUACACAAAAACUUAGGUCUAUGCCUAUAGACCUUAAAUAUACUGAUCUACUCGAAGUUCACAGUUAAUUUCUAAGGAAAUUAAAAAGCUACAAUACAUAGAUAUUGACACAAAGACCUAAGCCAGACGCAGCAGCAUUUUGUGCGCCAGAAACGCAGUAAAAAUAACAUAAUUUGCCCAAGAAAAUUCCUACGGGAAAUCGAAAUAUGUUUGAAAUUGAGACUCCGCACUGUCGUCGGCAAAAUAGUAAUUUGCUUAUCGAGCGGCUCAUUGGAAUACCUCCCAAUUAUAGCUUUCGGGCUGUAGCCGCAAGGAUACAUAAGAAGCACUGCGCUACCAAAUUCUGCUUACCGUCCGAUGUGACAGACAGGUAGUAAAGAAAAUGGGUCCUUUUCUAACUAGAAUUUUAUAUGUAAAACAUACAAAGAAAGAUGAAAGUUUGGCGAGUUAAUGUGCAAUAACGUUGAGAACAAAGCUAAACUAAAAAGGCAUUCGUUUCGCCUUGCCUGUCCAGAAGAUAUUUCCUUGAAAUAACAAGACCAUCGAGACUUUGGAUGAACUAGGCGAUCUUCGAUUUUAGAGACGGAGGGUUUUGAAGGCUAACUGGUACAUCAAUGACACCGCUCGUCAUCUGCACGAGAAAAAGUUACUUGGAAAAUUCAGGAUAUGAAUAACAGCUUCACAGUCCAACGUCUAUAUCGAGACAUUGACGAACAUUUAGUUUACAAAGCGCCACACACAAGGAUUAACUCAGUUCGGCCAGAGCCGAUAGGACAGGCGGGCAGAGUCACGCGGAGUCGACGGACUACUCUGACGGCAAAAUGCCAUGUGACCAGCGUGAGCCACCGAAUAAUCGAUGCGACCAUGAGGCCGAAGGUAAAUCACACGGGCAGCAACGGCCGAUCAGUCUGCUGGCCAAUGAGAGGGAGGCGGUCAAAAGGCAUGCCGACUUGGCUACAAUUACAAACGCCACAAAGGCCAUAAGGGUCACGCGAGCCCGAUAGCGAUCGUCCUUGGAAAGGUCAAGGCUAGCCAAUAGCAAGCGAAAAAUUCGGCGAGGUUUGGUUCUGCAGUCCCACCUGAGUGAUACCAUAAAAACAAUUUUAGUUAACAUACCUAACUUAGCCACGCUCUGAAUUAGGAAAGAAAAGAGAAUGCAAGCAGAGCUCGAAGCACGAGCUGGGAAGGGAGUGAAGGUGGCGUACACACACUCCCUCCCCCGACACAGCCACUCGCGGAAUGUUGAGGGUGCAAUCACAACUGGAAGGCCAUUGUGGGAACCGCAUGGUAAUCCGCAGGGUAUGGCCACUGCAGUGGAACCGGACGGAUUUCCACACCGUAAGAACAAUUCCACUAACAAGUCUUCUUGACCACUCGCUGGGUAAUGCUAAUAAAGAGAGCGCAAACAGGGCUGGAAACAGGCGAAGGGAGGCGCGUGUGGACUGACGCCUGAGGUAACCGAGGCUGGCGUAUAAGAAGAUUCCUCUCCCCCCUUUGAGGCACAGUCACUCGCUGGCUUUAAGUGGUAAGAAAGACGCAAGUACGUGAUAUUUGUAAAGUCAGCUUCUUCGCACCUACCAAGAUUUUUUUAGAAACCUAACCACAUGAUAUCACUCAAGUGGGGAUGCAGGACCAAACCUCGUCGAAAAUUCAAAGUUUCUGUGUCGGACAUGAUUACAGUACGAGCUAGGUGGAAAGGCAGAAUGACGCAAGGCCAGCAGGAACAUCGGACAUACUACUCUGAUGGCGGAAACAGUAUAAAUGUCAUCCUACGCGAAAACGCCGAAGAAAACAUGAAAAGGGACUUGAACUCGAUGUUCCGGCAUUCUUAGUUCAUGAUGGAGAAGGAGAAGGACAGAGUGCUUCCAUUCCUCGAUGCCAUGGUAUAGAGAACGGAAAAUUAAACUCUCAAGACCGGUGUAUUCCGAAAAGCGACAAAAACAGAUAAAAUCUUUUAUUACCACAACAACAACCAUCCCAUCGCAUGAAUACAGCUGCGUCCGAACACUUUUUCGCUGCAGCGACACACACUGCAGCACAGAGACCAAUAAACCGCGAAAGCAUAACUCUGUAUGACACCUCCUCCUGGUAACAAUCGGGAGAGGGCCCCCAAACAUCCAUUGACUAGAAAGAAUACCUACUAUUGCUAUUUGAGUAGGUAUUAGCCCGACACAAUUGUUGUUUUAUCUGACCUGCAGUCGGUAUGCUGCUUCAUCUACACUGAUGGAUUACUGAAAAUAGUUUACGUUAACAACACCGCUAAAUGUUUACUUUUUGUUUAUCCUGCCCGUUUUCUGUUGCUAUAUACCGAUGCAUUAGAACUUUUCGGUUCGAAAAGCAAAUUUACCAUAAAUCCAUUAUUACUUUGGCUCUAUUUACGCAUCCGUAGGUCCCACCCAUAAAACCCCUAUUACCACCUUUCCCGUAAAACAGGCCGCUUUGGCUGGUAGUAUUUUUUUCGGGCCCUCUCCCGAUUGUUAUCCUCUUCCUAACCAGUGCAUAGAACGUAUCUUCAUCAAUAAAUUCUUGUACCAAGGACAUGCGAGGAACGUCUCCGUAGCCAGGGGACGCAUGCUUAGGCCAUGGGCGUUGGACACCGACCGGAGGCCACCUUCCACGGCUUACUCAUGCAAUGCAAUAGCCGACUACCACCUGCGGACACAUAAAACGUCAUUUGACGCGUCAACUGUCAAGAUUGUCUGGCUAAUUACGGCGGCACGACCGAAGAGCGACUAAGAACGCGCAUGCAUCAGCAUGCUUUGGCUGUAAAGCGAAAAAGUGCGCGAUAGUCCGUAACCAUGUACAAUCUGGAAAAUAAUCAUAGACUCGACUCUGACGGUGGUCAAGUGCUCGGCUGAGGCGAAAACAAACAGGUGAUAAAAAUAACCGAGGCUUGCUAAGCAGAAGUCAGCUCGGGCAACGAUGACGUUGACCUACCAGCGUCGUUUGAGGCUGUCAGGCAGCGCUUACGCACGAGAGGAACGCCAAUAGGAAGACGGGCUUGUGGACUUGUCAAGCGUGAGUAAGAAAUACCUAAUUAAAUAAUGUAUUUCUCAUUAUGCUGAUGGAAGCGAAGAGACAAGUUCCAGGCAGUAGCCGUGGAGAAGGAGAAGGCUAAAAAAGCACUUGUUCCAGCGAUCGUGUCCCCUUCUCCGCGAUUUCUCAUUCCGCCUAUCUCUAGCAAUGCCCUCCAAUAUGAGCGCGAAAAUUCAAAUGGUUUAACCAUCUCUCCCAAUGAUCUUUUUAUCCCCUUCUUCCAUAUAGAUGUAUAUAUUACGGCAGAUGGGCACUCGCCGAUUAGGUUACAGAACGUGUUCGUUCCGUUGUGCCUUGGGGCUCAUACUAGAGCCCUCGAAGACAAUCGCACAGCGACUAGUAGUAGAAGUAAAUGACGUAGUACCAGCAAAGACAAGGGAGAUUGGAAUGACCAUUUCUGGCUUAUAAUUCGUUGUCAGCCAAUCAUGCCCAACUCCUAAAUGUGGAACACCUGGGGUUCAAUCCCACGACAUGUUGGUUAGAAGUCCAGCGCUUCUGACCACUGAGUCACGGACUCGUUGUUCUGUUGUAUACAUAUAGUGGUAGAAGGGCGCUCAAAGAUCGCACUACGGUUGUGUCUUGGGAAUCUCUCUCUCCCUCGAGCCCUUUCAGCAGCCGCAGGGCGGCGCUGUGCCCAUUUGUGCCCAUUCCUCCUCACCAUUGUCUCAUGUUCGGAAAUCCGCGACCGGGGCAAUCGCCCAACUUUUCUGACGCAGUUACUUGAACUGUGGUAAAAGACCCCAGGCCUCCCUGUGUGGCUCAUGCUGUUUUCAUCCGGUCCGUGUGCAAACCCAAACCCAGGUGGCGUGGGAAGGCGACUGACGACAUCCGUGACCUCGUCAAAAUUUGGGACCGGCGUCACCCUGGUUUUUUUUGUAUCGUUCGUGUAUGCACCGACUGAUGCAGUUCCGUAGGUAUUUGCAAUUCAGUGGCCUUGUCUACAGGUUCACUACAAUGCGUCUCACCCCGCCGGUAUAACCUUCUUAUGCAAAUGCGUUUGUGGCUGAUUAGGUGGCUACUGUUGGCGUUCGGCACAUAUGUGGAUUUCCAGAGCAGUUUAGCACAAUCUUUGCGGCAGAUGGGAGCAUCAAGGAAGAUUAGCUGAUUGUUUUUUCCCUCUCUUUCGUCCACCAGUCUUAUCUGUGACCAUUUGAGUGUGAUUCCGAAAUGUCAGGUGAUUACAAUUUUGGCUAUAGCGAUCGCCUCUCUUUCCUCGAAAUUUCACAUAUGCAUGAAAUCUAAAUGGAGUGGAUUUUUUGAGGUAAGAUUUUUAAUAAUUUGCUUCUGAGUGAAGGUUUUCUCAACUUAUGUUAGGCUCCUUAGUAAAUGUACCUUCACUGAUGCUGGGAAUGACCGCCGUACUGAACAUUGAAACUGAGCAACACUUCCUGCCUUGUUUAGGAAUGGAAGUGCAGACAGCUUCUUUAAAGUAUUUGUAAUUGUGCUCCUAAUCUUACCUUAUCGGAUGGUACUCUGGGCUAAAAACGUAAAAUACUGUCAUCAGGGACAAUCGGAGUUGGCUAAUUAUCCACACAAACAUUAGGACUCGAUGCCUCGAUAGAUUUACAAUGCUCAAAUCCUCUCAUCUACAUCAAGUCCACUAGAAUGAGUGAAUACCUUUUGAUAUUGCUAAGGAUGGUUAAUGAAAAGGAAAUCGAAACUAAUACGGAUGUCAGAACCUAUUUUACUGAUUCUCCAAACCUACGCGACGCACCGUCAUCUGACUGGUUAAAAUUUUUAAAUUCGAAUUUCUCUAUCCGAUUACCUUAUUCGGGAUAGAGUCGGUGAACAUGCAAGUCGGCAGUACUCGGAUGACAUCGUAUCGUUGAAGACCUAAGAAUUGCGUUCUUGAAACAACUGAAGACUACCAACUGACACAGUCUACAGUUUUCAGGGAAGCCAGUGUGAAAAUUUCCAUCUCAUAAGCAGCGCAGUCUCUUUCCGCUGAUUGGUGGAAAAUGAUUACAAUUUUCCUGGCCUGCUACGGUCUGAAGUAUUUGUGCGGGUAGAUGUCAAGUGAGGAGUAAAUGCCUCCGAGACAGCCGUAAACUGAGCACCUGUUAGAAGUUUUCGGCUAUUUCACUUUCGUGAUGAAUAUGCUGACGGUGAGGACAGAAUCCUUCGGCAUAAUUACUGUUCGUACGUGCCAGAACCUGAUCGAUGAAAGCCCUUUUCUACUAUUGGGAAUAUUUCAGAUCACAGGCCACAGGACAGCGUCGGACUUAACACUCCGCGGCCGAUGGAAGUGGAAUGAACCCGAGGUAUGGCUGGCUGACGAAGGCUAGCAAACCAGAAAGGGUAAUAUUAACCUCACCUGCCUUUUCGUUAUUCUUUCCGGCUAAAGGUCCAUGCCCAGAGUAGGAAUUGUGGUUCAUAUCCACGAAUAUCGUUUGCAGCCACACAGGAUGAAGACUAAGUUAACUGAUAGUCCUGACAGUGAAAAUACGGGCCUGAGAAUUUUCCUCCGUAUAUGCACAUAAAAGGGGAAAAUAUCCUAAAAUGUGAUUUGUCUUCUUGCUGUAAAUUGAGGUCUUAAAUCCACUUGUUACACACACUGCGUGGAAACUUUGGGUCCCCCAAACGGGCCACGUGGUCGAUGCGUUAGACCAACAGGGGGGGGCAUAUCAGGUUCUGACAGGCGUUAUUAGAAUAUAGACCAAAACAAAUGCCAACAUUUCGGGAUGCGGUGACAGACCCAGUUUCCUGCAGAAGUCACGCACAUUGCGACCACUGCGGACCUCCCCAUUGUUGCCGUUAGUCAAAAUCGUGGUUAUUUGCUGUGUGGACCAGGGGGUGUGGAGUGGAACGUCAAGGUGCGGACUCGACCGGUGUCCUCCUCCGCCUCCGGUCUUCUUGACUCUGCCUUGACACCAGGCCCAGGUAGGAGAGGAGGAGAGAGUGCAAUAGGUGUCGUGCAAGUCCACUAUCACUAUAAACUAGUUCACGCACAAGUCUCCGUCCCUGCCCUCACCCUGCUGUGGAGCACACGGUGGCCACUGUCGGUCAGGACGGUCGCACUAUCUUGUGGAAACUUCCCAAGGGUGCCUUCAAAUUACCAUGUAGAUAAAUUCGACUGGUUCUCAAAACAAACUUACAAACUCUGAAGAUGGUAGGAUAAUUGCAAAUGCAAGCGAACGUCUUAAAAGACAGAAAGAUUGAAAUUUUGCUCAAUUUCGGGCCUUAACUUUAAAAAUGACGCCAGUCCCUUUAUGAAAUGAGUAAAAUACACUAGGUGGGCUAACUCAGGAAAUAUCAACCGAAAUUCCGAAAUGCGUAAUCGUUUCACAAGGAUUAAUUAAAUAGGGUUGUAAAAUUAGCCAGCUUGCAACAUAAUGCUAUAAUAUUUCAGUUACCUCAAAAUGCCGGAUUUCGAAUGAACUUCCUUCCGGCUGCAUGCAAAAUCUAUUCUCUGUUAAAAACUACUAUUUAUGUAGCAUGAAUUUUUCUCAUUGGUUUUUGCUGCCCCUAAAAAUUCAACCAUAUUUCAUUGAAAACAUGCAUAAAACUAUUCAUUCUUUUGCUCAUUCGGUAGAAAAUUACGUCUUCUCAGUUUAUUCUCAAAGGAGGGACAUAAUUCGGUUUUAAAAAAGUUCCUAAUUGUGGGACUUUUAAAUACCGUGAUAUGGCCGUUCAUAAAUCAUCAUGUCUCUGCAUUUACCAAUUUGGCUUGUAAGGUAACAAUAUGGAUCAAAUCUACUGCUAAAUUUCAUGAACCCUGUAUGGUGUUCCCUUAUUACGGUAGAGAAAUGUGUGGAUUUCCGUACGCGGAAAAUAUACGGUUUGUAGUUUGGAAACCCUGAAUCCAAGUGUAACGGUAGAGUGAGUUCAAUAUUAUUCGGGAAUUCAAAAAGUUUUUGAAAACCGAUUUAUAUUCUUCCUUCGAGUAUAAGAUUGGAUAAAGACGUAAUUGUCUACCGAAUGAGCGAAAGGAUGAAUAGUUUUAUGCAUGUUUUCCAUGAAAUAUAAUUGGACUUUUAGGGGCAUCGAAAAUCAAUGAGAAAAUUCAUGCUACUUGAGCAGUCGUUUUUUACGGGGUAUAGUUUUUGCAUGCAGAUGGAAGGAAGUUCAUUCGAAAGCCGGCAUGCUGAGGUAACUGAAAUAUUAUAGAAUUAUGUUGCCAGCUGACUAGUUUUUCAACCCUACUUAAUUAAUCUUUUCGAAACGAAGACGCAUUUCGCAAUUUCGGUUGACACUUCAUGAGUUAGCCCACCUACUGUAUAUGAACUUCACGUAGGUAGAACAGCAUUUCCGGUUUGUUAGUCGCCAUCAGCCAGUCACACCCAGUCUCGAGACAUUCAACUCCUGAAGCUCGGAAUCACCACUAUCUGGAGCUCCGAAACUGUUCUCUGACUCGCAAUACCAAAUUCCUCGGCAGAAUUCAAACUGGUGAGUUCAGUGACUAAUAAAGUCAGCUGCGUUUCACCUUCAGGAUGCAAACCAGGCUGUCUGGGUUUUGCGCCAGUAGCAUAAUGCAAGGGUUGCCUCCUUCCUCUAACCGCCUGGAACACGUGGCUCAUCUCUCCAGAUACGGAAUCAGGCUGGAAGUCCGCUCGCGGGCUCAACGAACUGCCAGCGAGGAGAUGGAUCCAAUUUAGGACCCCAGGUGAGGGGCUUCGAUUGCCAACCGCUUGAAAAAAUUGUUCCAUGACAUUAGAAAUCGAGAAGACAGAGUUGACACAACAGUCCUUAUUUUGAGUGAGAACACACAGCUGUUAGUGAGCACUGCCAGGAGUGCGUUCGACUCGCGUGAGCUAUUAAAACGUGCAGACCAUUGGCGGGUUAGUACGAUCGAUAAUGCGACACCACGUGAAGAACACGUCAGACAAAACGGCCACGCUAAAACGGACUCAGAUGUCAGCGCCGCCCAGUGAAGGCGAGGGGUUAAAGGUCAGUAUAUGGCUGGCGAAACUUGCAUUAUUUGGAGUGUACUGUGUACGGCUAAUAAACAUCAACUUAAACAAACACGAGUAAACACAAGUUUAGGAAAUGAACAAUAAGUGGAGUAGCUACAGUAGGUGGGCUAACUCAUGAAAUGUCAACCGAAGUUCCGAAAUGCGUUUUCGUUUCGAAAAGAUUGAUUAACUAGAGUUGUAAAAUGAGUCGGCAGGCAACAUAAUUCCACAAUAAUUCAGUUACCUCAGCAUGCCGGCUUUCGAAUGAACUUCCUUGGCGCUGCAUGCAAAAGCCACACUCUUUAAAAAACGAUUACUUAAAUGACAUGCAUUUUUCUCAUUUAUUUUUGAUGCCCCUAAAAGUCCAAUUAUAUUUCAUGGAAAGCAUGCAUAAAAAUCUUCAUUCUUUUGCUCAUUCGAUAGAGUAUCACGUCUUCUAAUUUUAUGCUCAAAGGAGGGAUAUAAUUCGAAUUUAAAAAAAACUUUCUAAUUGUGGGAAUUUUAAAUACCAUGAAAUGGCCGUUAGUAAACCGUCAUUUCUCUGCAUUUACCAAUGUGACUUGUAAAGUUAACAAUAUGGAACAGUUGACGCGGUAAAUGACGUUUUAUGUGUCCGCAGCUGGUAGUCGACCAUUGGACUGUAUGAGCAAACAGUGGAAGGUAGCCUCCGGCCUGUGUCCAACGGCCAUGUUUAGUGGCCUAGCAUGCGCCCCAUGUCUGCGGAGACGUUCUUCACGUAGGGCAGAACACAGAAGAUUUCAGGUCUUUCUUUUGCUCACCGUCGGUCUUCGCAUGUCCUUGGUACAAGAAUUUAUUUAUGAAGACACGUGCAUUUCCACUGGUUAGGAAGGUAACAAUCGGGAGAGGGCCCCUAAAAAAUACUACCAGCCAAAGCUCGCUGUCUUACGGGAAAUGUGGUAAUAGGGGUUUUAUGGGCAGGGCAUAUGGAUGCGUAAAUAAGAACCAAGGUAAUUGUGGAUAGUUGGCAAAUUUGCUUUUCGAGCCGACUUAGAAAGCACAUUUCCAACAGACGUUCAUGGGCUAGAUAAACACUCGAGCACUGGGAGUGGGACGUUUGUUCACGAUGCCUUGAUACAAAGCUGCCUAUUUCUUGGCUUGCAGAAAGGCAGUCCAGGGCGCGCAUAAACGGGAAUUUUAAGGGACACUAAUGUCGCCUUUCGAUCGCAUUUGCCGUCCUCGAUCAGAUUUAGACUAGCAUCAGGUUGCGUACGACCGGCAGUUUGAAUCCGGGUUGCGAUAAUCACUGAACGGACGCUCCAACAUUCAGGUCACAGUAUCAUGGUCCAUCGGAUCCGAUCAGGAAAUUUAGGAGUGGAGUUAUUCAAUUCGAAGCAAUAUGUUCCCAGAAUGAAUUUAAAGCAGGAAUAGACAGCAGAAUUUAUUGGAACCAGUAAAUUUCGCGACGGCUUAUCAACUGCAGCCUGUCGUUGCAUAACACAGAAAACAAAUGAGAAAUAUAUAGAGGUUUUAACUUUCACAGAGAAAAUAAAUAUAAAAUAGCAAGGUCAUCGUAUACUGCACGUAGACUAAUCAAUAAAAUGGUUACUUCAAAACGCAACAUAGGAAAGAAAAUGGGGAAGUUAACACGCCGAGGGAUUUCGUAAAUCAAAGGGACCAGAUCUACCAGGACAAGCUGAGGUUGACUAAGUGGUCUAACUGUUUACAUAGGUCGGGUUUCUCCCGCCGUAUGUAGGUAGUCUCCAGGUAGCGCAGUAACCGAGGUGUUCGUGCUCCAACUAAUUCUGGAAAAGAUGUUUUGUGGUUAACCGAAUGACCGCUAUCAAGGAGGUGUUUUGUAAUAGAAGACCGUGGAAUCUUAUUCUCCUGCUUUAGAAGCCAUUUAGGCAGGUUCUCAACUGCCCUGGCUUACGGUUGCCUUUGCGUUCGCCCAAUGUACUUGCAGCCAGAAGUGCAUGUGAAUUCGUAAACAUAAUUUGACGUGGCGUGCAAUGGCCAGGCAUCCUUCGCCCCUGCUACUUGGAUAGCCUUAGUAGGGCUGCAGAAUAUGAGUUCAGCUGAGCUGUAUGUUCUUCCAAUGGCGCAUCUCAAUCGCCGCUUGAUGGUGUUUGAGAUGUUGUCGCCCUUAACGGGUAAGGAUAUUACAACGGGCUUUUUCGGAACUGAUUGCUUCGUCAAUUUUGGCCGUAGUGUUGCUAUACUUUUCGAUGAAUCGUGUUGGAUAUCCCCGUUUAAGCAGGGCUGUCUUGAGGCAAGAAAUCUAAUGGAUAUCUUACCAUUGCACGCCACGUCAAAUUAUGUUUACGAAUUUACAUGCACUUGUUCACUGCUCCGCUGUGUGAGGGUUAUUCACCCCUUCCCCACCCUUCAAGCGGUUCCAGACGCACUGACCUUACGACGCUCUGACACCCGCGCACCUCCAGGCAGUCAGUAGAGACACCAUUCGUCGGGUUGUGCUGCAACACACACUAACCGGAUCUGGUGCAGUUGCGAACAAAGCAACUACGUCGGAGAAAUUGGGAGAUUACUCCGUACGCGACUUGCCGAGCACGCAGCAGCAGUGAGGCGGGGAGACGCUAACUCUCAGGUGGCGGCACACUCGACGGGACCCGGCCAUAUUUUAAAACUUCAAGAGGCCGAAAUCCUCGCAAGGGGUGACAACCGCGUGAGCCGCGAGCUGCUCGAGUCAUGGUUCUCAGGCUCGCGAUCCAUCAACAGGCGCAAUGACCUCCCGGCACCGUAUUCCGUGCUGAGAUUUUUCCUGGAUAGGGGAAUUAGUCACGUGGGGAGGUCGCGGGCAAGCAAUUAUCCCAGUGACAGUGAGCCAAUUUGCUGAGCAAUCGUCACACCAGCAUCCAGCACGGAUGACGAAAUCACGGCCAUUAACGACUCGGACGCGGACUGACAAGCCGCCAUCGCAUCAAUUACGACUCCAGCGGGGAUUGCGAGAGCUGUUACUUACAGUGCGCAUAUGGUCCCACGGCAGCCACGUGUUAUGAAUACUACACUCCUUGUGCCACCAUUACCCUUAUCUGCGACUGUCUCUGAUGAUGGGUUCGAGUGAGAAUCCGAAAGGUUAAGCCAAUAAAUUUCUAGUUCCAGUGAUCGCAUCUUCGUCUUCUUCUAUCACCAUAAACUAAUUCAGGCUCAAGUCACCGUCCCUGCGAGCACCGUGUCGUUGAACAUACAACAAAUAUCGCCGUUCGUGACGAUUGAACUUUCACAACAGGCGCUGGCCCAUAACUCGGUCCACUGUUAAAAAUACUACCUACGGACUUUCCGCAGAUAAUCUUAACAUACAAUGUAAAUCACUAUUGUCAAAAGAGUGACUUCCCCUCCCAAUUCUCCACAUCGCAGGCGCAGGAUCUAUUUAUGGCAUUUGCCAGGACAGCUCUUAACAUUUCUGGCUGCAUUGGUGAAUUUCAUCCCCAGGGUUUCCCUUAAAAGUGCCGAAUAGCACAUGACAGCAGAGGAAAACAGUUGGUUGCUGUUGGGUCGGGCGAACGUGGAGGCUUCUUGUAGUCUGAAUUCCGCCAACGUAUUCGCUCUUUGAGGACCCGCCUUGGCAGCCGCCUUAUGUUUUUAACAGCGUCGGGAGGUUGUUCCAUUCCAGACCUGUCCUCUGUCGUAGAAUGCAUACUGCCCGAUAUCAGCUGGCAUUUCCCUCUACGUCUUGGAAAGGACAAGGUUCGGUUAUGCUAGGAAUUCUUUUUUCGGGGAUACAGCUCUUGUCAUUGCUUGACUCUCAGAACCUCACUGCCUCGAAAUCUAGAUGAACAUAGGCUUCAUCUCUCAUGGCUCACAUUUAAGUCAGUCAGUUUAAGUUAGUUUAUUAAGGAAAUGAGGCUUUCGCCCCUGAGCUCCCUAUUCAUAUCGAUAAACAGAAAUAGAAUCAAUAAUUACAUCAGCAAAUGCGGAAAUUCAAAAGUUAGCGGUAAGUGUGAGCCAGGUGCAAACUGCCGCCGCUAAAACAAUCGUGAUUAUAUGUACAGUAGUUUUACAUCGAAUGAGCGUCUAGUCUAAACUUAAAGGAUCCAGUAGUCCCGGAAAGAACCACCGAAGCAGGGAAUCCGUUCAAUGCCCCAAUGACCCUGUGAGAGAAGGCGUUCUGUCGGACGUCCGAAUGAGCCAUUUUCCUCUGCAGUUUGAAGAGAUGACCACGCAGAUUAUCAGUCUCGGCAAAUCCGAAGAAUUCAUCAAAGUCUAGGGCGCACUCACGGCCUGUGACAGUCCUGUAGGUUUGAAUGAGAUCGUUGCGCAGUUGCCUGUAAUUGAGAGGAAACAGAUUUAGUUCGGUCAGCCUGGUUUCGUAAGGCAGAUGAUCAAUCUGUUUGACCAUAUUCGUAGCCCUUGCCUGCACUCGUUCCAGUCGUUGAUAAUCUUUCUUCAACCAAGGUAGCCAGGCCUGAACAGCAUACUCUAAGUGAGACCGGACGAAUGCCCCAAAGGUUUUUCCGAACAGCUCCUUGUCGAUCUGCACAAAUCCUCGCCUCAGCGCAAAUAACACCCUUAUCGCACUUUUGGCUGCCCUUUGACACUGUGAAAAUGGUUUAAGCGAGGAGGUCAUUAGGACACCCAGGUCUUUCUGUUCCACAACAUUUUAAAGUGGCUGAUCACCCAGGACGUAUUAAAAGGAAUCGUCCUCCUUACUGGUCUUUUUGGUGCAGAGUCUCAGGACCACACAUUUGUCCACAUUACAAUUAAGAAGCCAACGAGCUGACCAACUGUUCAGGCGGUUGAGACUGCCUUGAAGCAGUACCUGUCUGCGUCAGAUCUGAUGGGUCUCCACAGCUUAACAUCGUCAGCAAACAUGAUGGCGCUGCAUCCCAGGUCGUCGACGCAGUCGUUAAGGUAAACCAGGAAUAGCAACGGCCCUAAGACGGAGCCCUGGGGUAAGCCACCUAGAACGGGGUCAGGAGUUGACCUCGACGCCUCAACGCACACGGUUUGCGAUCUCCCUGUAAGAAAAUCUGUUAUCCAUGUCAGCAGCCUUCCUCUUAGCCCAAUUUCAGAAAGUUUGUAGAUUAGGCGUUUGUGUGGGACGCUGUCGAACGCCUUUUUGAAGUCCGUGCAGAUGACACUGACCCUACCAUCCUCGUCCAUUGCUCGAGUCCACUGCUCCGUCGAAAGCACGAGCGGUUCUGUCUGAAGCCGUGCUGCAGGUCUGAGAGUAACUGGCCCUGCUCCAGGAACUUCAUUGUUGCUUUCUUAACUAUGGCCUCCAUUAUUUUAGAGCAGAUGCAGGUGAGACUAACAGGGCGGUAAUUGUUGGCAUUAGUGCGAGCCCCGCCCUUGUAUAUCGGAAAGAUUUAUCAAAGUGAUAAAUAUACAAAAUCACGAAAGAGAAAGUAUUGCGGAUAGGUUAUAGAGUUUUAAAUGGUAUAAUUACUAGGCAGAAUGUUAUUACCGACAAAGACAAGGGAGGCUGGAAUGGUCAUUUCUGGCUUAUUAGCCGUCGUCAGCCAGUCAUACCCAACCCCGAAGGGUGGAACACCCGAGGCUCGAACUCGCGACCUGUUUGUUAGAAGUCCACGCCUCUAUCAUUCUGCCUAUAUCAUGCGCCGCCGUGCGGCUGCUGGUUGGGCUCGAGAGAGAGCCCAUAAGACACAGCGGAACGAGUGAGUUCUGUAAGAACUAUCGGUGAGCGCCCCCUAACAUUGUAUAUUCCCGAUCGAAAACCGACAAGGCAACGGGCUCGUGGCCCGGUGAGUAGAGGCGUUGACUUCUAAACCAACAGGUCGCGAGUUCGAGGCUCGGGUAUUCCACACUUCGGGCUUGGGUAUGGCUGGCUGACGACGGCUAAUAAGCCAGAAAUGGCCAUUCCAGUCUCCCUUGUCUUUGUCGGUAAUAUUAUUCUGGUAGACAUCCAGGGUACUGGACACAACCUUUCUUAAGGAUUACCUAGUUAUCUUAAAACACUAAACUCGUGCGUCUCAGUUUGCAAUUUCUUUUCGAGCCAACUGCUAUAUCACAGUAGUCAGGUAAUCAGACGUCAAAAUAAGGUUAUCCGGAUUUUCUGUACCUUCGCACCGUUAUUAACGACGUGUGACGCUAAGUUUCCAAAACUGUAGUUAUGACGCGCGAAGCUUGAUAAUCUAGGGUUUAACAAGUCAAGUUGGCAAACACGUGUUUUCGGUAAUUCCUCGUCAGGCCAGUACAAGUACAUGAAGGAGUGAAAAUGUAUAAAAUUAAAAGUGUUUAUAGGUAUCUCAAGGGUUAUUAAGUCAUUAGCACAUAUAAACACUGUUAAUUUUGUACAUUUUCAUUCCUUCAUGUAACUGUAUUGGUCCGACGAAGAAUUACCGAAAACACGUGGUUGCCAACUUGACUUUUCAAGUGUAGCAUGAAAAUAUUUUCGGAAUCUAGGGUUUGCCGACCCGAAAUGACGACCCAGCUAGCACAAUCAGCACAUAGGCAAACGGCGCAUGCGGUUGGGACACACGACGCCUUUAUUUGGACUAUUCGGCGACUUAGAAAAAAUCUGCAAUCGUUCGCUGCACUAUGCCUAACACGGGAGCACAGAUACAGGCUCCCUGGCAAUAAUAUCGACACUAUCGGCACCGAGUUCAUAUGACUGAUAUACUAAUAGGCCGCAUAUAUUUCUUAGUACUACUUAUUAAUAUGAUCAGCGGUGCCACAGAUAGUAUUAAUGAUAGUAUAUUCGUUCAAAUAGGAUUAUUGGCAAUGAUGGCAUAUGUGAUAAGAGACGCAGCAGCAAUUGCUGUGGUAAUAUUAGUGGUAGCAGUAGGUAUAAAAGUUUCAGUCCCAAAAAUGUUAUUAUGCUCAACAGUCGUGAUAAGGACAAGAGCUUGUCGUGGUUAUUGUAGAAUACAUGUAAGGCAGGAUGGAUUGUAAUGGCAAUUUCACCAGCGAUCGUGUCUCCUCCUCCUCCUCCUCCUCCUCCUCCUCCUCCUCCUCCUUCUUCUUCUUGUUCUUCUUCUUCUUCUUCUUCAAGAAGGUGCUUUGCUAA